AUGCUGAGGAAGAUGGGUGAGGUGGUGGCCAGAGUUGCGAGGAAGGUCAACAAGAUGGUGGAGAGUGACUCUGACACCCUGGAUCUGGCCGAGUGCAUGAUGGUUUCUUUCCCCAUCAGCAUCUACAAGGUCCUGCGGAAUGUCACUGACCAGAUCCACCUCAUCACGCUGGCCAACAAUGAGCUCAAGUCCCUCACCAGCAAGUUCAUGACCACAUUCUGUCAGCUUCAAGAGCUCUGCCUGGAAGGGAACUUCCUGCACCGCCUCCCCAACGAGGUCAGUGCCCUGCAGCACCUCAAGGCCAUCCACCUGUCUCGGAACCAGUUUCAUGACUUCCCUGAGCCGCUCACCACCCUGCCGGCGCUGGAGACCAUCAGUCUGGAGGAGAACGAGAUUGUGGAUGUGCCCGUGGAGAAGGUAGCUGCCAUGCCUGCCUUGCACAGCAUCAAUCUGUGCUUCAACCCGCUGAACACCGAGGUGCUCGUCAUUGCCCUGCCACUCAUCACGUUUGAUGUGCUUAUGUCUCCAGAGGGCCCCCCCACCUUAGAUUGGCAGGAGCCUGAACCGGGAGUUGUGGGAAAGCUGCGGAGAGAGUGCGAAGGCUGCAGCAGGGCUGACAAUGUUUACAUAGGAGCCCCAGGGCCAUCAGGCCAGGAAACUGGGGAGCAGAUCAAGGUGGCUCUGUCCUUCCUCAUGAUUAAGAAAUUGCUAGAGUGA